AGGAAAUAAGGCGCUAAACGCCCUGACGCUUGUCAUUCUGUCAUUGCCACCAACACGCACCUAGACACAUACACGGUCAUUUCUCUUUAUCUGGGAGGUAUGGGAGUCAUUAUUACCCUCAGUAAGGCCAGGCUUUAGUGCGCAUCCUAAUCAUCACCCCCAUCCCCAGGCAGCAUUGAGCUCUUCCACCCGUACACGUCCAAAUGAUGCUGCGGCGGGUUUCUUGCUUCCAGGCUGCUGAUAAAACUUUUCUGUCCAUCAUUCCCGGCCAGCUUCCCGCUUGCUCUGCAGGGCACUAAUGUAGAAAUGUCUUCUGCACCCUCAAGUGAAACCGCUUUAGAAGAUAUCCAUCAGGAUCUGCAUGCAGAAGCAUUAGGUACUUCAGAGGACUUUUGUACCGUUGCUGGGAGGAUAUUAAAUGGGUGUGACCUGGAUGCUGACGUUACGGAAGGGGCAAAGGCAUGUGAACAUUUAAAAAUGGAGGAGAACUUGGAACCAGAGGACCUAUUAAACAACAACAAAGACGUAUUUGAGCUGGAAAUGUUUGCUAACCAAAAAUCUACAACGGCGGUUUUUGGAGUUUCCUCAGUGACCCAAAUCCAGCAUUCAUUUGCAGAUGAUCCUAAAUUAGAGGCGAACGACCAAGAUGCAUUCCAUGGAGCACAUCAUUCAAUUGUUACAUGUUCACACCAAGACCAGGAAAAUGUGGAAUUAAUAGAGGAUGUAUCCACAUACAAUAAUAAAACCAAAGCUGAUGUUUUAAGCGGUAAUGAAACAGUGAGAUCUGAGGAUCAACAAAGCUGUGGCGUGUUGUUUGAGAAAUCAAAGGCUCUUGACUCUGAGCUAAAUGUGCUUUGUGGGAAUUAUUUGUCAAGGCUACAGGGAAUUAUUGGGGAUCAGGAGGAGACAAGCAGACUGGAGGCUUAUUCAGGGCAAAGGCAAGAAGAUUAUGCAUUGCUGGAAGGAGAUAAUGGACCUUUUAAUAAUAUUUUGACUGUCUUAGAAAAAUCAACUGAAGUGGGGUCAGAAGCAUUUGGCUCAACCUCUGCUCUAAAAAACAGUAGGCCCUCACAAGGCAGUGUGGACAGUGGUAUAAUGUUGCCUCGUGAUGCCCAAGGGAACCGUUUUCAAAUGUCAUUGGGAGCAGAAGAAAAACUGGAAAAUCAAUGUAAUAAUUUUCAUUCCACUGGCCAUGAGCCAGACAAGGAGAUAAAGAAAGUAUUGCACUGCGAAUCAGGUACAUGCUCCUCACCAGAAAAUGAGGGUGAAGAGCACAGUCAAAAGAGUAUUUCAGACAAUCUUGAUAUAUUAAUAAAUAGGUCACCGUAUCAAGUGAAACAUGCCAGUAGAGGUCCCUCCAUAGCUAGAUCACCCAAGCAUAUGCAAAGACAUUCUGAGGUUAGAGGUGAAAAAUACAAGGCAAGAGCAGAAAUCUGGCCGUUUGAUGACCUGUCAGUACGGAGAUCAAUAGCAGUUGAUAAUAUUGAUGAUAUUCCAGAAGAGCCAAACUCAAAUUCUGAUAAGGAAAUCGAUGAUGAUGACUACGACGAUGAAGAAAAUAUAGACCGAGAAGACCACGAGGACUUUCUUCCUUAUAGCAGCUCGCAAGAUAGACUUGAUCCAAGGCAAGAGAGACAUCGCUAUGUCUCGGAUAGUUUAGACGCAGAUGUUUUGCAGCUCCUUGAAAAGCACCUCCAGAAACAACAGCUAGUAGAUAUCAAGGAAGAAGGAGAAGAGGAACUGGUAGAUAUGCACAUCAAUAUAGAAAGACCACGCACAGAAUCUUUCAAGGGUUUAAGGAAUAUCCCACAGGUCUUAGACAUCGUUUUAGAGGAACCAGAGUUGGAGAACACAGGCGAUAGUUUUGAAGAAGGCAGCAAAACCCCAUCGGAAAUAGACUCCGACGACAGCAGUAAUAUCUACACCAUGGAAAAAGGUUUGAUAGAGUCUCUUCAGCAUGAUUUAAUGAGUAAAACUGACAAGAUAGACGAGCAGGAGAUAGCCACAAUCUUUCAAAGAACAAGUAUGGACCCUUUUGUACAAGAAAAAGAACAAGUAAAAGGUGACCUAAAACUUCAUAUUGAGCACGGUGAUAAUCAAACGACAAAUGUGAGCAAUGUUCCUACCUCAGAUGAUGGCACCGUUGUAUUGGACACAGAUUUCAAAUGUGAACUUGAUGAGUGUGCACAGCAGAGCAAUACAGACGGCUUAAAGCUAUCAGAACAGACCGAUGAAGGGCAGCUCACUGUACUGGAACCAGUCACUUUAGAGAGAUCAUUACAGCCUUGUCCUCAGUUGAGUAACCAGAAAAUAGAUACUGAUACACAUAUACAGCAAACGGACAGUAACCCAUGGCAAGGCCCAAGUUUUAUGGCUAUUGAGUUGAUUCCCAAAACAGCGCAAUAUAGUGAAAAUGACUCUGAGGAUACAGCUCAAUAUGGGUCAGAUUAUAUAAAGACUGAACAGCCAGAAGACUCUCGAGAUGAGAAGGGUGUGUUGUGUCCAUUUAAUGAAGCCACUAAAUUGCCAUCUGAGGACUCGUCUCUCGAGCCACUGGCUGAACAAUCCGAUUUGGUACAAAGGGGUGAAAAACCAUUCCUGGUGGAUGAUAGUUCUUCCAUUGCUGGAAGUCAGUCAGUAGACCGUUUUGAUGGUGUGGGAGAAACUUUGGUCUCUGAGGAGAGCAGGUUGACAGACCCUUCUACAAUAACUAAGGCAAACUGUAGUGCUGCACCAGAAACCCAUCUGUCAGACCAGCCCUUCCUCGUGGCCAGUGAAUUGAGCACACUGAAUAUGGAUCUGAAGGAGAAGAUGUUAGCCGUAUUAGAAAAGGCACAUGCCGUGGACUGUAGAUCCUCCCAUCUGCAAGCUGAAGCUGAGCUCUUGUGGAAGCAAAGCAAAGAGUUAAGAAAUGAGUGCAAGUCUCUCUCUAAAGAAGCAGCCGAAGUCUUGUCCAUGAUCAGCCAGCAGGGGGCAUUGCAAAGGCAGCCAAUGGGAGAAGGUUCAUACAGGACUACGAGAGGCUCCAGAGAAUCUCUGAAUGCAAGUGAGAUUCAUCAGAGAAAAGAGAAAACACUAACCAGCAAAGCCAAUAAACAGGACAGUCAGCCCAAGCUCCUUACCAAGGAAAAUGAUCAACUGAGAGUUUUAAGCAAAAAGUUUGAGUUUCUGAGGAAAGAAGCGCCUGAGGUGAUGAGGGAACUCAAUUCUCUCCAGCAUCAAUUAAAAUGCCAUCCAGAGGUGAAGAGCAAGCCAAUGCGCUUCCUGCACAACCUACUGUGGGGCGGAUUAAUCACCGGGGGCGCCAUGUGGCUGGUUUGGUGGAGCACGAGGCAGCUUGGCUGACACCCCCUUCUUUUUCGGAAUCCCCUCAGGGAAGAUUCUGCUGGAAUUUGCGUUUUCUGGACAAGAAGAUUGCUGACCGUAAAACCGAUUAUGGAGAUGCGUUAAAUGGAAGCACUUCGUUAGCCGUCUCCGCUGGUUUGACUUGUAGAUAAUUGAAACCAUUUUCCAUCCCCAAUUCCCCCCCCCCCGUGCAGUCCUGUGAAUUCCAAGAACAAAGCUGGAUUAGGUCAUUGUAGCCUUAUCCCAUAUAAACAAAAUACUGACUUGUUCUCACUUGGUUAAGUGCAUCGGAUAGUAACAAAUAACAUCAUUAAGGGCCGUGGCACGCCCGUUGUUUUAUGGUUAUGUAUGGCAAUUGUGGUUCUGAUAAGCCCCCAAAAUUUGAUAAAGGAUACCCCCCCCCCUUGGGCCAUAAAACCUCUAAAUUAAUGGGUGCUACAGCUUCAUGAUCUAUUUUCCCUGAAGCCUUGAGUAAUGGAACUGUAAAGAUGUGAAUGUGUUUAGUUUUCUUAACUAGUCUCUAUGAAGGAAGGCGUUAGUGGCUGAGCUUUAUUUUAGCUGCCUGUGUAGGCUGGCCUCAUCUUUCUAACUUCCCAUAGGCUUUCUAUUGUGUUCUAAUUCCUUUGCACGGAGCAAGAAUGGUUGAGCCCAAGUGGGACUGUAAAUAACUACUGCUCAUACACCGUAUAACUGUGCCACUAUAGGGAUUUCCCUGUACUAUUCUGCAACAAAGUCUGGAGGAAUAGGUACCCUUCACUUAUAACUAGGGUUGCCACCUUUUCUGGAAAAAAAUUACUAGCCUUCCUAUAUAUUUAUCUGUUUUCCGCCAUCAUUUUUACCGGCUGGUGGCAACCCUACUUAUGACAUGAAGCCACUCUUAGCGUUUAUUGCCAUUUUGUGUUCCGUCUUGUGUGCCAUUAUCCUUUAAUGCAUUAGCCCCUGUUUUUUAAGUAUGUCAUAGUAUGCAGCACAAAAUGCCUUAAUAUAGUGAGUAUAUACUGUAGUAAUGCUUCUAACUAUAAGCAGCACUGUAUAUGGAGCUUAUUCGGUAGGCUUUAGUGUUUUUACCCAGGGGCCAUUUACUAUACCCAGUAUUUCCUGCUUUGAUGGGACAGCCCAGCCUCUCAAACAAGGUACAAGGAAGCGGCAUACCCAAAAGUAAGCAGAAUCUGGGGGAAUUUCUGGAACACCAGAAAUCUGAUUA